CCCACCCACUGUCCGCCACUAUGACAGCGUGAGCGGGAAUCUACAUACGACUACAUCAUACUUGUACGCCAGGGUUGAGUGAGGCACGAUUGUAAAACUGCUACUCUCCUCACCACCCUCCCUUCUACCCUCCUGCGAACAAGGAACACGCAGCCAUUCUAACAGGCAAAAUCACCUAGAAGAGCUAUUGCAUUCAACUGACCCUUCAAGGACAACGAGGGGCCCCGCGGAUAUUGCCUGGCACCAAACUAGCUACGUAAGAGGUUCCACCCGAAGCUGAGAUCCUCCACCAGAUUCACCCUCAAUCUUCGGAUUUGCCCGCCGACGACUAUACGCCAUAGUCCCUUUCGUCCACAAAUAUGCGUACGAAAUCUGGGGCGAACCUGGACCCCUUUUGUCUUUUUUUCUUUUGAUCAGCUGUCGAUAAUCUUUUCUUGUGAUCGUCAUAUUUCACUAUAAGCUCGAGAAGUACAUUAUAAGAAAGGAUUCCUGUGGAAACAUCAGCGUUUUCGCAGGCCCAGUACAGACAUACCAAAGCAAAUUAAUCCACUGAUCUACUCUCUCACUUCGGUUUUCCAUACCCACCCACAAGUCCUCCAUUGAAUGACACUUAACCCCAACAACAGCCACGGAACUUCCCUGAGCAACGCUCAGGACGCAAGCCGUCCAAGUACUCAACAUUUCGAGAGCGAGCCAGCUUCCUCAUCUGCCUCCUGCCGUUCAGACGGUGUCAGGUGGUCUUCGGAAACAGUGACCCGCUCAUGGCAAGAUAGUCACCCAGAAUUCAAGGUCUUCCACGAGGAUGGAGACCUGGCGCAGGAUAAAUCAUUCAUGACGGACCCGACAAAGGAACUAAACCCCGUUUCUCCCACUGUCACAUCCUCCAUCGGCGCCGCUGCACCGUACGUCUCUCCCCAUGAUGCCGACAUUGAAAAAUCCACCGGAGAGCCUCAUUCUCGAACCGACCGCUUCGAUCACGACAUGAAAGAUGUCGAGCAACGACCGCGAUCCUCUUCAACCUUUUCAGGCACCCUGACCAUUCAUGAGGCCCCUACCAACCUCAGUAAUGCAACCAGAGUCUCGACCGACGCCUACGGCAACACCUAUCCUGAAGGCGGGAAGCAAGCAUGGUUGUGUGUUCUAGGCAGUUUCUGUGGCUUGAUGGCCGCUUUAGGCUUGAUGAAUACACUUGGGACAUACAACACCUGGCUUUCAACUAAUCAGCUCCGCGACAACACCGAGAGCGCAAUCGGAUGGAUUUUUGGCAUCUAUGCAUUUCUGUCCUUCUUCCUAGGCAUCCAAAUCGGUCCACUCUUUGACGCCAUUGGGCCCCGAUAUCUCGUCCUCGCUGGCUCUGUGUUCUUGACCAUGACUUACUUCCUCAUCGGUCUCUGCACACAGUACUGGCACUUUCUGAUCGUACUGGGACUUCUCGGUGGUUGCGGAACCAGCCUCGUCUUUACCCCCGCGGUCGCUGCCAUUGGGCAUCACUUCCUCAAGAAACGAGGCUCAACCACCGGCCUCGCCGCUGCAGGUGGUUCUCUUGGAGGCGUCGUCUUCCCGCUGACACUGCAAUCUCUUCUCCCUCGGAUUGGUUUCGCAUGGUCAACGCGGAUCAUUGGCUUUAUCAGCCUUGCCCUCCUAAUUGUUGCCAACCUAUGCAUAACCUCACGGCUCCCACCACGUAAAGCUACGCGCGAGAAUAUUCUUCCCGAUUUCCGUAUCUUUCGAGACCCUGUCUUCGCUCUGACCACGGUGGGAGUCUUCUUUGUCGAAUGGGGAUUGUUCAUUCCCCUAACCUAUAUCGCCUCUUACGCCGUGCACCACGGCGUUCCAACUAAUUUGGCCUACAGUCUGAUUGCAAUCCUCAACGCCGGCUCAUGCUUUGGUCGUUGGCUACCAGGCCUGUUCGCCGAUCACCUUGGACGCUUUAACUGCAUGGUCGCUACCAUCUUCCUCUGCCUGCUGUCGAGUGCCGCCUUGUGGCUGCCAGCUAACAACUCUGUCGCCCUCAUCAUUAUCUACGCCCUCGUCUUUGGUUUUGCUUCCGGUUCCGGAAUCAGUCUCACCCCAGUCUGCGUCGGCCAGUUGUGCAAAGUCGAGAACUACGGGCGUUACUAUGCCACCUGCUACACUAUCGUCAGCUUCAGUUGUCUCACGGGUAUUCCCAUCGCCGGGCAACUGGUAACAGCAACGGGUGGCGAGUAUUGGGCUUUGAUCGUCUUCACCUCAGUCAGCUAUGCUAUUGCCACCGCCUUCUUUGUCGCCGCUCGGGUGGCCGGUGCGGGAUGGGGGCUCAAGGUCAUCUAUUGAGUUUGUUGUAUAAUCCUCGUCAUUGGGUCUUCUACACUCCUGUUUCAAGCAGGUGCUGGACCAUGAUUUGAGCAUGGGUCUUCUGUUGGGAAAACAUUUGUGAUUGCUUCUUUAACUAAUGGUGGCGUUUGGUGCAGUCGUCAUAAAAAUCAUGGAUAAACAUAACACAGGUACACAUCAGGUGUUGGAGCAUAGUGCCACAAAGACUGGACACAUGGAUUGAACAUAUGUAUACACAGAUGGACAUAGAACUCAAAGACUUCUUCUCUGAUAACGGAGUCAAAUUAAAAACAUGCAAAAUUUUCAAAAA